ACUCGAGUUCCUAGACUUUGUGCCCUCAGUAGUGAUGGUUGGCAUGAGCGUUCUCCGGUCUGCUGCUGCGUUUGCAGCCAGACUAAAUCCUUUAAAAUCAGGAAAUACUGCGGCUAAUUUGCUCACAAGGACAAUCCCACGCACAGAUAAAGUGGCAAUUCGCUGGGGAGGCCAUGGAAAGCAGAUGUUCAUCAUCAAACCCACUGAAUUUUAUGACAGGAGGUUUCUGCGCCUAUUGCAAUUCUACAUCUUGCUGACUGGAAUUCCGAUGGUUAUCCUUGUCACAUCUGUGAAUGUGUUUGUUGGUGAGGCUGAGCUGGCUGAGAUUCCAGAGGGCUAUGAACCCGAAUAUUGGGAGUAUUACAAGCACCCCAUCACCAGGUGGAUUUCACGGACCUUCUAUGACUCCCCGGCAAAAGACUAUGAGAAAAUGAUGGCUCUAAUCCAGAUUGAACAGGAGAAGGGCCAGUUGAGACGUACAGAGCUGGAGGUGCGUAAACACAUGAGAGAGAAGGGAGAUGGACCCUGGUUCCAUAUGCAGACCCUUGACAAGAAUCUGAUUGACAACAGCAUCAAGUCAACACCUGACAACUGAACCAUCCAGUCCAAUCACCUACUGUAUCAAGUCCCAUCUGUUAACGUUAUACAGUGAUGAAUGCCACUGUGUGUAUAUUUUUCCUCAUUGCUUUAAUAAAGUAUAUAUAACUGAA